AUGGCGGAGACCGUACGGAAAGUUUGUAAUAUUUGCAGGUUUUGUCUAAGCCAGAACGAGGAGCAUUUGGUACCCUUAGCAAUAAUAAUCGACGAUACCUUCACCAUUCAAGACGUAGAACAGUUUACCGGUGUACAGGAUUUGGAAAGUGGAAACACAACGUACAUGGUUUGCAAUUACUGUGACGACAUCCUGAGCAACCUUUGCAGGUUUUGUUUAAAUCGAGACGAAGAUCUCCUGCUCCCGCUAUCAGUAAUAACGGAUGCUUCGUUCACCGUCCAGGACGUGGAGCAGUUCACUGGUAUACAGGAUCUAAGCGACGAAAGCCAAACGUACGUGGUUUGCAAUGACUGUGAUAAUAAACUGCGCAAAUCGGUAUCAUUUCGCAAUGCCUGCAUCAAGAAUGACGCCCACUUCAGGGAGUUGUGCCUGGAUGUUGCCGAAAGCCCGGAAACCGAGUGGUGUGAUGAUCCUGCCAGCAACCUCCAGCCGGAAGAGAGCGUUUCGAGCUUUGAGUUUGUCGAAGUAAACAAUCGUAGAAAGCGGAAUGUUAAAGGGACGCGCAAGGACGACGGGAAGGACAAAGAAUCCUUGCAGGAUGUACAGCUGGACCAGCUCGAAGAAACCUUAAACACGAGAGGCAUCGAAAACGACGACCAUCUUCGUUAUUCGGCGAACAACAUCAGCCUUGGGCAACCGUUUUCCAGUGGCGAUGAGCAAAAUGAAUCCCAAACAAAGCUCCGCAAUAGGGCAAUCAUAACAGAGAACCUGCGGCGUUUAAGGACAUCCCACACGCAGCAAAUGGAAGACGAACAAACUGCGACGAAUGUGGCGGAUGAAAGCGAUUCCAACAACGGGCCGCAGAAGUCCUGGAAAGCAACGAAACAUCAGCAGCUGUGUGAUAUUUGCGGGAAGCUGGUACACCAGAUUAACGCCCACAUGCCGUUCCACACGAAGGAAGCCGUACACGCUUGCCCACACUGUCCCGUCCGAAUGACGAACCACGGAAAUCUGUACCGCCACGUGCAGGCCGUCCAUCUCAAGCGGGUGAUAAAAACGUGCGAGCUGUGUGACAAAGGAUUCACCAGCAAAGGUUCCUACAGGUCGCACAUGCGGGCUCGUCAUGGAAUCGGCGAAACGUACGACUGCAAGCUGUGCUCGAAGUCCUUCAAUCACCCGGGAAACUAUCGUGUGCAUUUCAUGCGUUGCCAUAGCGACGAACGGAAGUUUACGUGCGCGACAUGCGGCAAACAGUUCAAAGAGAAACGCGACCACCGGAACCACCAGCGAGUGCACUCGGAUGACAAACCGUUCGUGUGUGGUCUGUGCCCGAAAAGCUUCAAAAGCGAGUACGCGAAGAAAACGCACGAGCUAACCCACAGCGGGGUCGUCUUUGAGUGUACGGUCUGUGAUAAAACCUACCGGUAUAAAUGCCUGCUGAGUAACCACAUGCGGAAGGAUCACCCCACCGUGGUGGCACCGGAAAUGGCAGAAGCUACCGACGAGCUGGCACCUGACAUGCAAUAA